AUGUCCCUCGAAGCGUCGAUCAAGAACUGCGGCCUGACAAAAGAAUGGAGCGCCGCACUGCGGUUGCUUCGCGAAGGAGUUCGAUUGGGUGUGCAACUCGUCCCAAACCACUACGUUGCGACUAUCAGCGCAUGCAGAAAAGGCGGGCAAUGGCAACACGCGUUGUCAGUGCUCAGUGAGAUGUGGGAGGCGAAGCUGGAGCCCGACUUAGCUACAACGCCGGGAUCAGCGCGUGCGAGAGCGGCGAGCAGUGGCAGCAAGCUCUGUCGCUGCUCAGCGAUGCUUGUGAGGCGAAGCUAG